UGUAACACAACUUGUUUAUAGGACACAAUUCUGACUAUUGUAUAGAUCCAUAGUCACAUGACUCCUCCAGCUGUCCCUGCGGUGAUCCUGAGCAGUCAUCUCCAGCACUCAGAGGCACCGGGAGCUUUGUGGUGACAACUUGUUUCCUAGAUGCGAAUAGUUUUGUUUCUUCCUCUUUAAGUGGCUGCAGGGCGAGGCCCCUCCUGUGUAUAUUACAAGACCGGAAUCACAGCCGAGGAGACGCUGCCGAGGAAAGUGACACUACACGCUGCCCCCUGGGGUAAGUGACACUACACGCGGCCCCCUGGGGAUGGCAGAGGCUCGGGGGAACCUGGACGGCUCCAGCAGACAUGGCCGCCCCUGCUUUACCUUCGGGGUGAUAGCAGAUAUCCAGUAUGCAGAUAAAGCUGACGGCCCCAGCUGCUGGAAGACCAUGAGAUAUUACAGCCAAAGCUGCCUCCAUCUCCAGGACGCAAUCAAGAGGUGGAAUGCAGAGGACAUUGCGCCUAAGUUUGUAUUACAACUUGGAGACAUCAUCGAUUGCUUCAACAAGAGAGCCGGGAUGUCAGAAGCUUCACUCCAGAAGAUCCUUACCAUGAUGAUGGCCGCUAAGAUGCCUUUCCACCAUGUCUGGGGCAACCAUGAAUUUUAUAACUUCUCUCGGGAUUACUUAAUGGCCUCAAAGCUUAAUACAUCUUGUCUGGAGGACACAAGAAUAGACAGUCCUGACCAAAGUCCUGAGGGAACCUCAGAAGGAGAUUAUUAUGCCUAUCACUUCAGUCCCUACACUAAGUUCAGGUUCAUCGUGGUAGACACCUAUGACCUAAGUACUAUUGGCCGAGAGCUGAAUAGCGAUGGACUCCGGAAAUCUUUAGCUUUCUUGGAUAACAACCAAUCUAACUGCAAUGGCUUCCACCUCCUGGAAUUUAACGGUGGCAUGGGCAAGGAGCAACUGGCAUGGCUGAAUGAUGUCCUCACAUAUUCCGACAAGAAGGGAGAGAGGGUGAUCAUUGCCGGUCACAUCCCGGUCCACCCAAAAGCAAUACACAGCCUCUGCCUGGCCUGGAAUUAUGAUGAGAUCCUGAGGACCAUUCAGUCCCACCAGAGCGUUGUGUGUUACUUCGCUGGACAUGACCACAAUGGCGGAUACCACCUGGACUCCCAUGGAAUACACCAUAUCACUAUGGAGGGGGUCAUUGAGUCACCCUCCGGCUCCAAUGCCUUUGGGACAGUCUAUGUGUAUGAAGAUGGGUUCAUUCUACGUGGGAGAGGGAGAGUGCGGGAUCGGUAUUUACCGUACCGUAUGGCGCACAAGGCCAACAGCAGUAGUUGUACAUCUUCUGGAGCUUCCUUGGGGCAAGAUAAUACAUUAAUAUGAUAUAGAUUAUUAUGACAGGAUAGAUGGGAUAUUUAAUGGGAAAUUCUUCAUGUGGCUCAAUAUAUAUGAAAUCAAUAUAUUCUCCUGUGUCCCCUCCAUGUGUACGAGAUGAUGGGACAGACAGUCACCAAAGAUUGGAGACCAGAGGAUUGAGGCGAUGGAAGGACCCAGAUUAUUAUAAUUCUAUGUACAGACGCUGCUACUCACACUCCGCAUCACAGGCAAAUAGGACGGCAACCUCCGUGUAUAUUAGAAAUAAAUGGGCACCGCGUCUCGGGAUGAUUCACACAAGCUUGUCUGGUCCUUAAAGGUAAUCUAUCAGCAGGUUAGGGCUUUUUAGCCUUAUGGUCUAAUAGGGCACCUUACAGUGAUGUAAUAUGCAAAUGAGGGGGGCUUAUAUUAUCCCUAGGUGUAACUACUCACGCCCCCCUCUUAUAACACCUACUUAUGAAUAUUCAUCCUCUGCAGUGACGGUUCAAUAUUCAUAAGAAGGCGUAAGGGUGGGUUCACUCUACGUUUGUAGUAUACGGGUGCCGGAUCCGGUUGGAAGGAGCGUAAACUGUCCGCUCCCAUACCCCAGCUG